GAUUGGUUGCUUUGGGUUACUGCUCAUGUGCAAAUUUGUUCAGUGUUUAUAAAUGGGCCCAUGAAUAACUGUGUGCAUGGCUUUGGAAUAUCACUCAGGACUACUAGGGAAAGUGUGCAGGGCAGGGCAGAGCUUCCUUGCUAGUAUUGCAGGAGAAAUGCCAGCCUCCUCCUCAGUCUUUUAUUGCAAAGAUGCAAACAGGGAUGGGGAGGAGCUGAGGGGGACGAUAACAGGAAGAGAAGACAGAUCACGUUUCGUGAAUGCUGGUCUUUCCCUGGUACUGUGCUUGUUAUAAUAACUACUGCUGUGCUGCCUUCUGACUGCAGACUUUGUGAGGAACCAAGACAGUGCAACUGUCGGAUGCAAUUGGGACAUGCUACAUCCGUGUCUGACGCAAUAUUGUCGUAUCCAGUCGGGGCGUCUUUUUUUCCACAUUGGAAUACACUGGCUGUCAUGUGUAGAGGCAGGAACCAAACACUUCACCAACUUCAUCUGAUCCGACUUUACAUUACAGCCUAUGGAGAUCAGAUUUUGUAGGAUCCUACAAAAUCUCGUGCUGUUACAUAGUGUUGUGUGCUGCUGCAUGGAGGAUCAGCUUAUGGAACCACCAUGGAGAAGUAUGAAAAAAUACUGAAGAUAGGAAGAGGGGCAACAGCUGAAGUCUUCCUUAUGAGGAAUAAAGAGACCAAAAAAAAUUAUGCAGUGAAAAAAAUAAAGAUUGAUGAAUCCAAACGACUGAGGAACAAAGAGUCCAUUCUUCAAGAAGCAACUAUAUUGGGCAAGCUUGUGCAUCCCCAUGUAGUAGCUUGUCACGAAUGCAUCUGUGAUGAAGAGGAUGAGCACAUAUUCAUUGUUCAGGAUUACUGUGAUGGUGGGACAUUAGAUGACCACAUUAAACAAAGAAAUGGUGCCUUAUUCCCUGAAGACACCAUCAUGGACUGGUUUAUCCAGCUGACGAUGGCUGUUCAGUAUAUCCAUUCCAUGAAGAUCCUCCACAGAGAUAUCAAGACUUCCAAUGUAUUUCUCACUAAAAAGGGAAUGGUUCGACUUGGAGAUUUUGGCAUCUCCAAGGUUCUGAGUAGUACCAUGGAUAUGGCAAGCACAUGCGUGGGAACGCCAUAUUACCUGAGCCCAGAACUUUGCCAGGAUAUUCCCUACAGUUCCAAAUCAGACAUCUGGGCUCUUGGCUGUCUUCUUUAUGAGAUGUGUGCUUUACAGCCAGCUUUUAAUGCCGCAAAUUUAAUAAGUCUUUUCUUUAAAAUUGUAAAAGGGGAGUAUCCACCUAUUUCUGACUGUUACUCUAUAGACUUACAUAAGUUGGUCAAAACUAUUUUGGACAAGUGCCCCGAGUCUAGACCCAGUGCAAGCUGCAUUUUGAACCUAUCCUUUGUUCAGGAACAACUAAAACUCUUUAUACAGAAACAUGAGUCCCAGCUUUAUAGACAGACUGCCAGUAAAAAAGAGAACACAUCACCACAAGAAAACAGAAGCAAAACAUCAGUGGGCCACCAUGAUACCGCAAAAGAUAACUUUCGACCAAAAUCUGCUCCACCUGGUCCUUACAAGCCUGAUGUUACCAAGUGUGAACUAUGGGAUCAGGAAGAGCUAUCAAGUACAGGAGAUAAAUCAGAAUACUCGGAGGACUUUGAUGACAAUGAGAGCGUAUCAUCUGUAGAGGAAAACCUAGAAGGGGAGAAUGGUACCCCAUGUGAGAAUGAGGAUAUUCCGGAAGAAAUAGAUCUUGUUGAUGAUGAAGGUGAGUCAGAAUACCCAGAUGACUUCGAGGAGGUUGAGGGAAAUACACUGGAGAUGGUGGUCAGUCAUGCUCGGUCAGCAAUGGAAGUUGAGGCAGACAAUGAGACUUUUCAGGAUGAUAAUGGAGACCAAGAUAACCAGUCUCUGUCAGCAACACUGAAGACCAUACGCCAGCAGUGUAUAGGGGAUGUUGGACAGUCAUUAUAUGAUGAAAUCUCCCACCAUUUUGUGAAUGGUUUAACCCCUAUGGACCUCCAACCACAAUUUGAACAUAGAAUGGGUUCAGAGAGACUUGAGACCUGCUACCUUCUCUUUAAUAUGGACCAGGAGUCAUCUUAAAAACCUCUCUGACGAUGAACACUGUUAUGUUUUUACCCUAAGGAAAUAUUCUGCCAUAGACGUAGCAUACUUUAACCGUGGCAUCAGCAAGCUCUGGCCAGACUGAUGGCUUAGCUCCACCACUACUUCCAUACUGCAGAUUUUGCGGCACCUCUUGUACAGAGAUUCAACAAAUUAACCUUGCUGCUAAACAUAUGUUGCUGCCAAUGCCUCCAUCUAACUUCAUACAAUUUGACUUGAAAGUAUACAUAGUAGUUUUCAUUUUCUCUUUACAAUAUAAAAUAAAGUUCUGUUUUUUUACAUCAUA